AUGCCUCCUCAUAGAGCUAACUCCAGGAAUGCGAUUUUGAGGAAUGCAGAUGCAGAUCCUGCAGUCCCAUAUCAGGAAGUCUCCAAUGCUAAAUUCAGGAACACCAUUCAGAUGAUGGCUCAGAGUGUGGCCAACCAGAACAAUCGGGUUCAAGCUCCUUUGAUGUUAAUGGUCACCGGGAAUGAUCGGGUUGAGUUGGCUUCAUACCAGCUAAAAGAUGUUGCUCAUAUCUGGGCUCAGAUGAAUAAGUUAUUGCAUGGAGUGUCAGAUUUGGCGAAAACGAAGUGCAGAAAUGCUAUGUUACUGGAAGAUAUGAACAUCGCUAGGCUUAUGAGUCAUGCUCAACAGGUUGAGGAUGAUAAGCUUAGGGAACAGACUAAGGAGAAUAAGAAGGAUAGUACUCGGAACCAUGAAUAUUCUCAAAAGAAAUCGGGUGGUGGAAAUCGCUCGCCGAGUGAGCAGAAGUUUUCAGCUUCAACCCCUUCUUCAGCUACUGUUCUAUCCUCCAAGAACAUGUAUGACCAGAAGUUUAGAACACCAUGA